AUGGGUAGUAAUACAAGUGUUGCAGAAGUUACUGACGAUAUGAUGGAAGUUUACAUCUUAAUAAAAACAAUAGGACACGACACAUAUUGGACAGUAAAUCCAAAUUUAGGUCACCAUAUCUGUUUAUUCAAGACAACAGAUGGUAAAUUGUACUACACUGAUCUUCAAACGGAUAAUGGUGAUAAAAAUGGAAAGAUUGAACUGCGUUUCGGUCAAUAUCAAUUCUUCAAUAAUCGAAUAAUUGCUUAUUGUCCGGUCGGAUAUACGCGGAAAACACUGACUGAAAUUGAUGAAUUUCGACAAAACCAUAAUACAAUCGGUACAAUCUAUUCAUUAUGGACAAAUAAUUGUCAGCAUUACGUUCGUGAUUGUAUUAAAUUUUUAGAAAUAAAAACUCGAGUGCCCCUGUUGAAUGAUGGUGUUUAUACGGCUCAGACAUCAUCCGAUCUCACUCUACAUCCGAACCUAAGUGAUAACGUGGAUCAGCAAGCUGCAAUGUUGAGAUGGUGGCCAUGA